AUGGGUCCCGAUACCAAAAAUUCUGCAACGGCCAAGAUUCUCACAGGGGAAAGCCCUCCUUCCGCCAAGGAGCAUAUGCGUCCCACCAAACCUCAGGUAUUAGUUCCACCGGCGCAAAGUCUGCCCAACGGUGAGAAGCCAAACUUCGGCAAGUCUACGAAGCAGCGGCGAGAACCUAGGGAACGCACCUCGAAGACAAGACACGGAGAUGACAAAGCAACGAUGGUGACUGUUAACAUAGACGCCUUCCUGUACGAUAAGGCCCCUAAAAAAAAAUCCUGCAAAUACAAGAAGAAAAAGUCAAGACAGUACCAGGACACAGCGGCGCCGAUCGACUCGAAACCGCAUGCAGCCGGCCAUACGGCUUUUGCUGGCGCUUCCUUUACAACAGAUAUCCCACAUGAAGCAGCAUUACCCAAGCCUAGUUUUGUUUGA